UAUGCGAUAUGUUUCAAGAAUAGGGCCCCAGUGUUAUUUCUCGUUGAAAUGCGACAAUUUUUACGGAUAUCCUUUAUUCAUGAAGAUAAGUUGAUUCCGUUUUUACCGACAUGAAAGUCGCAUCUGGUGACAUUUCCAGCACAAUAUUGGCAUCACUGCCAUUUGAAGCGUUUGAACGCGUCCUGCGACAAUAGUUACGAGUGGAGCAACUGUAGAACUGGUUUUCGCAUGAAGUCUCGAUUUAAUUGGUUAUUUACUCAGAUUUGUUCGCGAAUGCAAUGGCUCACGAGGUACCAAAGCUCAAGUGCAACCUAUUUGACGUCUUUCAGAAUAACGACUUCAGCAUUGUGCAAAAAUAUAUAUCGUGGUGCCGGGAGUUUCGGCAGAAUGUUGACAUCAAGAUCGAACAGAGACUCCUCUGCGAGAAGGAUUUCACUGAAAAGAAAUCUAUCAAUGCUGAAAGAAUAAAAAAACUGGAACAGGACAUCAACACAGUAAAAUCUGACAUAAAUGCUACUGUAUUGCAGCAGAAUGUAAUUAAUAAGAUGAUAUCCAACAUAAUGAUAUUAAAGGAGAAUCUGAAUUGCGAGCUGACAGAGGCAAAGGUGCAAAGGGAAACUUUGUUGCUAGAAAUGAUGAAUUUAGAAUCUGAGAUAGAAGAAAGACAGAAAAAGAAAGUCUUACGAUGGGAUGCUAUUAAGCGUGCGUGUCAUUGUUAUAAAAAGAACUUAGAUAUACAUAUAAGUCUUAAUGAGGAAAAGGAUUGUCAGUAUAUAAAAAUCUCUUUUUUUAUACACAAUGAAGCAAUGAAAGAUAAAUAUUUUGUUCAAUUAACCUGCAAUCAUAAUCACUGGAAGGUUGAACAAAUCGAACCAAAAUUGAGGAAAGAGCAUCUCGAAAAGAUAACCGUUAUAGAUUCUGAAUGUUCCAGAGUAUCGAACAUCACUUUAUUUCUAUGUCAAGUACGUAGUAUAUUUCUCAAGCAUUAUAUGAAAACUGAAAAAUAAUUGUAAA